UUUUGAGUUUUUACAAAAAUAUGUAGUAUGUACAAAGUACAACUACGGUCAACGACAUUUGAUAAAUAUUAAUUAAACAUAAUAUACUCUGUUUUAAAAUUAUUCCAAAUUUCUAAAUUGUAUUUUUAUUGAUUUGUUUAUUGUGCACUUGUUCGUUGUUAUUUGUUAUUGUUGCUGUCAAUUUAUUGUAGUUAUUAUAUAGUUAUGUCUUAUUUCGAAUUGUGUUGAAGAGUACAAUAUAUGUAGUAAAUAUCGACGACCUGUUUUUAGUGUAAUUAUGGCAAUUUGCGAAGAAGUAGAAUACAUGGACGUGUCGUUAAAUUCGGAAAAAAAUGAAACAACAUCAUUUGGGAAAAAGUUUCAUGUUAACCGCACUCCAACUCCUUUAAAACCAUCACGUCACUGGUGCAUGUCUACAGAACUCUUGCGUUCGCAAUACAAAACUAACAACGUCCGCAAAACAAAAGUUUAUAAUCCUUUUAAUGACAACUUAAUGCAACGAUUAGGUGAGACAACAAUCAGCCCUACGGUAUUCGCUAAUGCAAAAAGUCCAGGGCAAGAAGUAGAGUUUGGAUGGAAUAUUGACGAUGUCUCCAAACUUUACCCAGUGCACAUAGAAGAUGAACACAUAGUCGAUGACGAUCAAGUUGAUGAUGAAACAGAAUCCAAGUUACAAGAGACUAUAGACAAGUAUUUUUAUACAACACAUAAAGUUCCUAGCCCUUGGAAUAAUCAAGUUAUUGAUUGGGAAGCUCAUAAAAAUUCAUCAUCUACACCCAUAUCAAUUAAACAAAACCAGAAAUCUGUAUCAUAUACCCGCGAAGUUUCAACACAAACAAAUUUAAGUUUUCCUUCAAUAUUACCUGAUCAUGUUGAAGAAAUACUAAAACCUUACUUCUUGAAUUCAACUCAAAAUUGUGAAGAAGAAAUAAGUCCUACAAAAGAUAACUCAAAUUUACGUCGCAAAUUAUUUUUUAUGAAUGAUAAUGAUGACCCAAUUUCUCCGGUAGAAAUACGCAGAAAUAGAAAUCAGUCAUUUAGCCCAUUAACAAAGUGUUUUAUCAAAACCAUUAAUUCAAAAGGUCCGGUACUUGGAAAUCAUUUAGGUGUACAAGAACUACCUAUAGACUGUCACAUUCCUAUUGAUGUUUCUCCAAUAAUAAAUAAAAACGAUAGAGAAAAUACUCCACCCAAUAAUAAAAAUGAAGAUUUUAUUUUUUUGACUCCGGUAUCAACAAUGUCAAUGCCAAAACGACGACGCACUGAGAAGAGUAGUUUGAUGAUGGAAAGUAGCUCAGAUACUGGUUACCAAACUAUGACUAUGAGCAUUAAGGAAAUGUCUAGUAUGGCACCAUUUGGACAUAGUUCCAAAAAUACAAUGUUUACUGCAUCUACACCCACAGAACGAUGAUUCUGAAUAUGGUAUAAAUUUUUUUUUUAUCACUUUUAAACAUUAACUAUAGGUACAUUUUUACAUUUUUGUGAUCAGGAGGAUCAACUUAAGGUCAAUUAUUAGUUUGAUUAAAUACCUAUCCUCUAAUGAUAUACAUAACUGUGGUGAUUUUAGUAACCAUUUACACAAAAAUUGUAAACCUGUAUUUUUUUAUAUAAUUUAAACAAGUUUACAAAAAAACGCGCUAUUAUAGGCAAUUGAUUUACUAGGUUUUACAUAGAACAAAAAUAAUAUUUGUCAUAUAUUUAACAUAAAUUAAAUACUAAUUAAUUGUACUAUAUGUUACUUUGCAAAUGUUUUAAUUUUUCUUCGUGUGAUACUAAAGGUAUGAAAUGUUAUCAUUUGUUAGA